CUGUAGGUUUUAAGGGAUUCAACGAAAGCUCGACGCGAGGUUGAGCUGCACUGGAGGGCCAGCGGUUGCAAACACAUCGUCAAUAUAGUGGACGUCUAUGAGAACGCUUAUGGCGGCCACAAGUGCCUACUGGUGGUCAUGGAGUGUAUGGAAGGCGGAGAGCUGUUCCAACGGAUCCAAGACAGAGCUGAGAACGCAUUCACGGAACGGGAGGCCGCGGAGGUUAUGCACGAUAUAUGUGCAGCCAUACAAUACCUGCACUCGAUGGACAUCGCGCACCGGGACGUGAAACCGGAGAACCUGUUGUACACACGGAGCGAUAGUUUAGGUGUUUUGAAAUUAACUGAUUUUGGUUUCGCGAAAGAGACGUCCAAUACGUUAUCACUACAGACGCCGUGCUAUACGCCAUACUACGUGGCGCCGGAGGUUUUGGGACCUGAAAAAUAUGAUAAGAGCUGCGAUUUAUGGUCGUUGGGUGUCAUAAUGUAUAUCCUGUUGUGCGGAUAUCCACCGUUUUAUAGCAAUCACGGGUUAGCCAUAUCGCCGGGUAUGAAGAAACGGAUCAGAGCGGGUCAGUAUGACUUUCCCGACCCCGAGUGGCGGCACGUCUCAAGAGAUGCUAAAGAUCUGAUAAAAGGAUUACUAAAGACAGAUCCGUCUCAGAGACUAACCAUAGAACUCGUUAUGAAACACAAUUGGAUUGCUCGUUACGCCGAAGUGCCGCAAACACCCCUCCAUUCCGUGCGAGUGCUGCGCGAAGAUCAGGAACAGUGGCCCGAAGUGCAGGAGGAGAUGACGCAGGCGUUGCGGACAAUGCGAGUGGACUUCGAGGACCAAAUGACGCUCAAGAACCUCGACACCAGUAAUAAUAGGCUUCUGGAGAAGCGAAAGCAAAUCAAAGGGAAGCGUUAGGAGAUUAGACACUAGAGGCCAUCCAUUGAAAUGCCUUUUAUUACUUAAUUACAUGCAAUAAAAAGUGUUGAAUUGAAAUACAAUCGAGACGUCCAAAAGCCAGUCAUCAAAAAGUCAUGUUUUGUGUGUUUGCCUUACGAAUAGUUGUUAUUGUUUUAAAAUAGCAAUUAUUUUUAUGUAAUAAUCAAAUGAAAAGUGUAUUUUUAUAAUGUCUUUUUUGGAUGACUUUUAGUCGCGAUUUCUCUCUCUCUCUCUCUCUCUCUCUCUCUCUCAUCGGUAGCCAC